AUGUCUACUGAUCGCUAUGAAUCAGUGAUCGUCGCAACAACAGCUCCAGCAGCCAGACUUAUUGAAUUUAAAAGUCCUGACUUUUUCAAAAAUAAAUAUCGUGCACUGCGCCAAGCUCACUAUGAUUGUGCUAGUAAAGUGUCUCUCUUCUUCACGACGGCAUGGUGGUUCGACUAUGGAAUCAAAGCUGGACGCACCACAACAGAUCUACCAAUAAGAUUUACUUAUUUUCAAAAUUUUAGCGGAUCCUCCUCUAGAGGGGGAGCGAUAAUCAGUUCGUACACAUGGUCACAAGAUUCUCUUGUGUGGCAAUCACUAUCGGACGACUUAGCAAUAAAAACGGCACUAUCCAACCUUAACGCAAUAUAUACUAUUCCGCAGGAGCCGUCAUUCAAUGACAAUGGUGUUGUAAAACACUGGUGUGCUGAUCCUUGGUCACACGGUGCAUUCGUGUUAUUUACACCUUAUCAAGAGCAACACCUAAAAAGUGCUCUUCGAGAACCGAUAGGUUCUGUUUAUUUCAUUGGUGAACAUACGAGCAGUGCACAUGCGUGGAUUGAAGGUAGUAUAUUAUCAGCGCUUGAAGCUGCUUUGAAAAUUCAGGAAGAGUAUUUCGAUGUUGCUAUUAUUGGUGGAGGACCUAUUGGACUAGCAACAGCCAUUAAUUUAGCAAAGAAAAACAAAGCAUGGAAAAUAGUCGUGAUAGAACAAAGUCAAUUAGGCAAUUCAGAAGGAAGUUCUGGUUCAUCAGAUACAAGACAAUUUUGGCAAGUGUACGAUAAAUAA